AUGUACACAGGAGUGUCCAGUGGCGCGUUGAGGAAAGCGGUGCGUCCAGCUGACGCAUCGACCACCCCUUCUUCAAUACAGCCGCCAGAAAGGUACGGACAGCCUGCCCAGACAUCGUGGGUGCAUACGUCUCUUCGUCAGGUCUCAGCCUCUGUUGGAAGCCUUUGGCGACCAAUCGCGCCUUCUUCCUGUCGGGCUUCUGUUUGAAGACCCAUUUGGCCUGGAUCACUCGUCCAUCCGCCUCCUCACGUAAGACAUACUCAAACACACCCAGGUCAUGCAUGGCUUGAUGCUCUUUGUCCAUUGCCUCUAUCCAGCCCUCACAUUCAGGCCCUUCGCGGGCUUCCUGACAUGUUUUAGGCUCAUAGACGGUGUCAGCCAUCGGUCCUGCCUUGACGCUGAAUGCAUUCACAAACAGGUCAGGUAAACCACCCGCAUGGCCACGUGAGCGUCUCCUGCCAGCACUUCUCUGUCUCGACUGCUGUGUGAACAGGUGCGACCAGUCUGGUGGUGCGUCAGAGGUCCUUCCCGCAUUGCACAUGCAUCGUGAGGACUUCACUGCCAGGCAGUGGCAGCCCUUGCCUCCCCUCUUCGCGUCCAUCCGGUCCCCUCCUGUCUUCUUAUCCCCACACAGACGUACGACAACCGGUCCAUUCGCCACACCGACCUGCACAGCACGGACAUCGAAUAGAUGGUCCUCGUACAAGCGUCGUGGUAUCGUUCUCUCGCGUCCAGAGCGCCGUGGUGGAGGGACUGGUGGUGCUCGUCGGUCGAAAGCCAUCUCGCCCUCAUCGAUCGGCAUGAGUUCCAUUUCUGCAUCGCUCGGCUGGGGUCGGCUGCUGGGCCUGAUGCCGGUUCGGCAUCCAUCCCAUCCACCAUGUGGUCGUGCUAUGGGUUGGUGGCUCUCGGCUGCCCAUCCAUUUGGACGUCGCCUGACCCACUCGGCCCAUCGAACGGUUCAGCCCCGCCUGCCUGCACAUGGCCUUGCUGAUCGAGGUGACCCAUCUCCUCCAGCUCAUCGGGCUCGACAUCUCUUAUCUCGGGCUUUUCGGCAACAAUCGGGUCGCUCUCAGGAUUGACUAUCACAUCCCCUCUUCGAGCCGAUUGGUGCGCUAAGUCAGCCAGUCCAUCCCCUCUUUGCGCAUGGUCGUCGACAAGCUCAGGGCGGGCCUGCAGAGGUCCACCGAGUCGAUGGGUGGCUUCCCAGCUGGCCGGCACGAGCCGUCGAUGCCAAGUGCGCUUCUCGAGGAAACGAACAUCACGCGAGAUGAUGACGCGUCUUGUUUUGGGGUUCCACAUGCGAUAGGCGUCCUUGGUGCGACCAUCGUAGCCUAUCAGCAGCAUGGGAACUGCCCUGGCCGCAAAUUUGUGUGCUCUGAAGGGCUUCCGCACAUGGACGAAGCCAAGACAGCCCCACACACGCACAUGGCCCAGGUAGGGCCGGCGGGCAUGCCACAUCUCAUAUGGCGUUUUGUCCUCUGAGAGGCUCUCUGUUGGCAUUCUGUUCCUCAGAUAUGCCGCUGUGUCGAUGGCGAACGGCCAGAAGGCCUCGGUGAUGCCAUGACGAAGGAGUAG